AUGCUACCAAACCUACAGCUGCCAGUUGACACCAAGCAACAUGACACCUUUGAAUACCACAGCACCAUUGGCAUGCUGUCAUAUCUGGCACACACCUUGCAACCAGACAUUUUCUUCCCCAUUGUGUACCUCAGCUGCUUCACCAACAACUUCAGCCCCAAACACAUUGCCACUGUCAAGCACAUCAUGUGCUACCUCACUAGCACAGCCAACCUGGCAAUCUGCUACUUGUGCAACCUCUAUGAUGACAAGGAUGUCACAACCCACAUACCUAUAGGGUACUGCAACACCAACUGGGGCAACAUCAAAGUCAACUGCCAAUCAGUCUCCAGUGUCAUCUUCAUCUUCUGCAGAGGCGCCAUCUCAUGGAGCAUCAAGACACAGAAAUGCAUCACACUCUCCUCCACCAAAGCCAAGCUCAACACCAUCUCCAAGGCAACACACCAGGCACUCUAUGCUGCCAUCAGGUCGCUCAAGAUUGGGCUCAAGGGCAUCAAGCAGCACAUCAAGGCCAUCAAGGAUGCACCACACACUGACAACACCAAGCAGAUCACAGACAUCAUGCACAAUGCCAAGACACACAUUGCCACCGCCAUCAGCAACAUCAAUGUCAUCAGCAGUGGCAGUGCCAUGGUCACCGCCGUUCCACAUGCGCCCACAGAUCAUGUGCUUGUCAAUCAGAUCAAUGACAUCAUGAAUGGUGUCACUGCUGUUAAGACUGUAGUUGACCCCCUCCAAGCCUGCCUCAACAACAUCAUGGCCAAGGUGCAAGAGUUGCAGGUGGCCACAUCACAUGAGAUCCAGCAGAUCUGUGUCAAGGCCAUCGUGGAACUGGAGUGUGUGCCUAAGUGGCACAACAAUACCAGCACCAAGUAG